CUGUGUUCGCCCCGCCCACGUGCAGUUGGUGUAGGACAAGGAGAGCAGGGAGCUACCGGGAGAUACUGAGUAACUGAUUUUAAAGUUAGCAACAGUUAUGGCGGCACAGAUGUCCGAGUCUGAUCAGAUCAAACAGUUCAAAGAAUUUCUUGGGACGUAUAAUAAACUGACCGAAAACUGUUUCCUGGAUUGCGUGAAGGACUUCACAACAAGAGAAGUGAAGGCAGAAGAGAUGACCUGCUCAGAACACUGCCUACAAAAGUAUCUGAAAAUGACCCAGAGGAUAUCAAUGCGAUUUCAGGAGUACCACAUACAACAGAAUGAAGCUUUAGCUGCUAAAGCCGGACUUCUUGGUCAGCCUAGAUAGAUAACUGGCAGCAACCCUACAAGGCUGUAAAGAUUCCAACAGCUUGUUGCCCUGCAAGACAAAGAUUCAACAGAGUGUUAAAGGCGUGUCUGCCCUCCAUACUGCAAUGGCAGAUGUGCACAAUUAAAGGGAUGGAGUAAGCUUGAAUCAGCAGGGACCAGCUAUUUUUUAUCUUUCCAUGGCAUCGCAUAAAUGCCCACCUGUUGAGAUUAAAAAUACUUUUGUAAUAAAUUGUUUAAAAACAUUAAUAUAUCUUCAUUUGUUCACUAAAUGUUAAAAUGCAAACUGACAAUUGGUUGGAAUUAAAAGAAAUGUUUUCUCUUCAUUUUUUUUCUUGGAAAUGUCAUGUUUACCUGAAAGUACUUAUAUGGUGCCCAUGUAUAAACUGAAGGAUGAAAGCAAGCAGUGGUAGCCAUUGAAAUCCAUCCCCAGCACCCCACAGGCUACCCAAGAGUGCCAUUGUACUUGAUUUUCCCCAGUUGGUCUUUUUGUUAUAUUAAUUAUAAAAGUGUCACAUUAAAGAGA